AGAAAAAUAGUACCUCAGCCUGCCACCCUCCCGACCCCGGCACCCCCUCCCGCCAUUUGACAGUCGCAGCCCCUCUCUUUCUCGCACCUCGCUUCUUCCUGCGCCGGGGAUUGGGGGCCCAGGGGUAGAAAGGGAAUGCGCUCGGGGUGCGGGGGGGCGCCGACAGGAGCUCGGAGAGCCGGGACUUCUUUCGCAGCUCCGUUCCCUGACGGGGAAAGGGAGGGGGGAGGGAGCGGCGCGGAGCGAUCCGUGUUGGCUGUGAGGAGGUUUAUGAGGCACUGCUGGCGGCCGGGCAGGGCUCAGUGUGAGGCGCGCCGUAGAGCGGUCAGGUUGCUCGAGUGCUCUGUGCAGCCGUUAGCUUCCACCACACCCCACAGCCAGGCCGAGCCAUCAUGGCUGAUCAACUGACAGAAGAGCAGAUUGCAGAGUUCAAAGAAGCUUUUUCACUAUUUGACAAGGAUGGUGACGGUACUAUAACUACAAAGGAGUUGGGGACAGUGAUGAGAUCACUUGGUCAGAACCCCACAGAAGCAGAGCUACAGGAUAUGAUCAAUGAAGUAGAUGCUGAUGGCAAUGGCACAAUUGACUUUCCAGAGUUUCUGACAAUGAUGGCAAGAAAAAUGAAAGACACAGAUAGUGAAGAAGAAAUUAGAGAAGCGUUCCGUGUGUUUGACAAGGAUGGUAAUGGUUACAUUAGUGCUGCAGAACUCCGUCAUGUGAUGACAAAUCUUGGGGAGAAGCUAACAGAUGAAGAAGUUGAUGAAAUGAUUAGGGAAGCAGACAUUGAUGGUGAUGGUCAAGUAAACUAUGAAGAGUUUGUACAAAUGAUGACAGCGAAGUGAAGACAUUGUACAGAAUGUGUUAAAUUUCUUGUACAAAAUUGUUUAUUUGCCUUUUCUCUGUUUGUAACUUAUCUGUAAAAGGUUUUUCCCUUACUGUCAAAAGAAUAUGCAUGUAUAGUAAUUAGAAGGCCAUUCCUCCAUGUUUUUCUCCUUUCUCUUACUGUCAUUGUUCUGAUUUUUGGAAAAUUGAUCUAAGUAACAAAUGUUGCAUGUGGCUUACUCUGGAUAUUUAAGCCCUUCUGCACAUCUAAAGUUAGAUGGAGUUGGUUAACUGAGGGAACAUCUGGAUUGUCUGUUUUUUUAAAAAAAAGUAGCUUUCUUUAGGAGACUUCGGUAUGCCUAGUAUAACAAGUUACAUAAAGUAAGCUAGGUUUUACCAUGCAUUAGCAAUUCCUUAGUUUUAAAGCAACAUGCUGGCUCUAGGUCUCCAGUACAUAAAGGAAUCUAUUCUGCUUUCUGUGAUGGAGCAUAAAGUCUCUUGCAGCUAAAUGCAGGAUAAACCCAUGUGAAUAGUAUAUAUACAUGUGGCUAAUGCACUGUAAAAUUCGUUCUCCUAGUUUACUUCACAGUAACUUGUUUGUGGCCAUACCUGUAACAUGUUGUUGAAAUGUGGAGUCUUAACGUUGUGGACGAUUGACAGUCAACAAUAUGAAACUUAAGUUGCACUAAUGCAAAACGGGUGAUUUAUCCAGGUACUCGUACACAAGGUUUUUUUUGUACUGCUGGUCCUGUACCAGAAAACAUUUUCUCCUCUUGUUACUAUGCUUUUUAAACUUUGUUUAGCCACUUAUUUUCAAAAAAAUCUGCUUAUGGCACGAUUUGCCUCAAAUCCAUUCCAAGUUGUAUAUUUGUUUUCCAAUAAAAAAAAUUACAAUUUACCCAUACUGUUUCAAUGUAUCCUUGAAUUAUUUACAGGAAUUGUUCAAUAGAGUUGCUGCUCUGUGUUUCAGUAUGUAGCAGUUUGGUUUGCUUAUGCAGUGGAUUGGCUGUCUUAAAAUAGCUUGGAAGGUGAAAACUUACUCCUUAAACUCUGGCCCUUAAUAGUAUUGUUGACUUGAAGAAGCUUUCUUACUAGUAGUUUAAAUUGUAUUUUACAGUCUUGUGUGGAGCUUGGUGCUUCAAUAAACUUACCGUAGUGACUGGCUAUGCCCACUAUCUGUAGACAUUGUGAACUGGAUGUUGACCUAGUUCAAUAGUUGACCUAAAAUUAAAAUUCCUUGUUCGGACAACUAAA